UUCCCAUCAUCAGCAUCAGCAGCUAGCGAGCGGAGACGGACGAACAUUCCGUGUUGUGCAUUUUAUAUGAUCGGAUCGAUCCUUGCAUUUUUCUCAUUGUUUUCAACAGCCAUGGCCGCCAACAAGGAACGUACCUUCAUCAUGGUCAAGCCGGACGGUGUCCAGCGGGGACUCGUCGGCAAGAUCAUCAAGCGCUUCGAACAGAAGGGCUUCAAGCUGGUCGCCAUGAAAUUCAUGUGGGCCGAGAAGGAACUACUGGAGAAGCAUUACGCCGAUCUGUCGGCCCGCCCGUUCUUCCCCGGACUGGUGAGCUACAUGGGCUCUGGCCCGGUCGUCCCGAUGGUGUGGGAAGGUCUCGGCGUCGUCAAGACCGGCCGUCAGAUUCUGGGUGCCACCAACCCGGCCGAUUCCGCCCCCGGAACCAUCCGUGGCGAUCUGUGCGUCCAGGUCGGACGUAACAUCAUCCACGGAUCGGAUGCCGUUGAGUCGGCCAACAAGGAAAUCGCCCUCUGGUUCACCGAAAAGGAACUGGUCGCGUGGACCCCCGCCAGCGAAGGAUGGGUGUACGAAUAAGCGUUGCGCCGAUUGUCCGUCGCCUUAUUCUUACGCUAGAACUCCAUCACUACCUUAUUAAAAAAAAGUACUGAAUUAAGAGCAUUUUUAAUCGAUAAGAAAGUGAGCAUUCGUCGUCGUGGUGUGGUUUUACAAUGCAAGUGUUGUACAAUCUACGCGAAAGGUGAACCAGGUUGAAACAAUAAAAAAAUGAUAAAAUGCAGGAACGAUAA